AUGCAUCGACGACGAGCCUUGGCGCGCGCGGGAGCGAUCGUGAGAUGCGCGACGGAGACGCGAACGCGCACGGAUGGGGGGCGAGCGUUGCCCGCGCGGGCGAUCGCGCGGACGUACGCGAAAGAUUUGCGCUUUGGCGUCGAGGCCAGGGCGCUGAUGUUGAGGGGAUGUGAUACGCUCGCGGACGCGGUGCAGGUGACGCUGGGACCGAAGGGACGAAACGUCGUGAUCGAGCAGCAGUACGGACCGCCGAAGAUCACCAAGGAUGGGGUGACGGUGGCGAAGAAUAUCGAAUUCAGCGACCGCAUGAUGAACCUCGGGGCGAGCCUGGUGAAACAGGUGAGCGUGAGCACGAACGACGUCGCCGGCGAUGGGACGACGACGGCGACGGUGCUGGCGAGAGCGAUCUUCAGUGAGGGAUGCAAGAGCGUCGCGGCGGGGAUGAACCCGAUGGAUCUCAGACGAGGCAUCAACGCGGCGGUGGAGCACGUGGUGAAAGAGCUCAAGAAGAACGUAAAGAUGAUCUCUACCACCGAAGAGAUCGCGCAGGUUGGGACGAUCUCGGCGAACGGCGAGCGAGAAAUCGGGGAUUUGAUCGCGCGCGCGAUGGAAAAGGUCGGCAAGGAGGGCGUCAUCACGGUUGGGGAUGGUAAGACGCUCGAAAACGAGCUGGAAGUCGUCGAGGGCAUGAAGUUCGAUCGGGGAUACAUCUCGCCGUACUUUGUGAACAACCCGAAGACGCAAAAGUGCGAACUCGAGAAUGCGUACGUUCUCAUCGUCGAGAAGAAGAUCUCUGGUCUCACCCCGCUCUUGCCCGUGCUCGAGGCGGUCCUCAAGUCGCAACGGCCGCUACUGAUCGUCGCCGAAGACGUGGAAUCCGAGGCAUUGGCGACGUUGAUCGUGAACAAGCUUCGCGGCGGGGUGAAGGUGUGCGCCGUCAAGGCGCCGGGCUUUGGCGAUAACCGACGAUCCAACUUACAAGAUAUCGCCAUCUUGACUGGUGGCACCUUGGUGAGCGAAGAUCUUGGUCACAAGCUCGAAACCGUUGACCUGAGCAUGCUCGGCCAAGCCAAAAAGAUCACGGUGAGCAAGGACGACACCAUUCUCAUGGAUGGCGCGGGCGAAGAGGGCGCCAUCGAAGAGCGAUGCGACCAGCUCAAGGAGGCGAUCGCCGAGACGACGAGCGACUACGAUCGCGAAAAGAUGCAGGAGCGCCUCGCUAAGCUGAGCGGCGGCGUCGCCGUUCUCAAGGUUGGUGGUGCCUCCGAGGUCGAGGUUGGCGAAAAGAAGGAUCGCGUCGUCGACGCGCUCAACGCCACCAAGGCGGCGGUCGACGAGGGUAUCGUUCCGGGUGGGGGAGCCGCACUUUUGCACGCGAGCAAGACGCUGAGAGAGCUCGAAGAUUCCAUGACGAUCUUCGAUCAAAAAAUCGGUGUUCAAAUCAUCCGCGAGGCUAUCAAACGACCGCUUCGCACGAUCGCAAUGAACGCCGGCGUCGAAGGGUCCGUCGUCGUCGAAAAAGUGUUGGCCGAGACGGACAACGGCAUCGGUUACAACGCGGCAACGGGCGAGUACACCGAUAUGGUUAAGGAUGGCGUCAUCGAUCCAUUAAAGGUCGUCCGCACCGCGCUCACCGAUGCGGCUUCGGUGGCGUCAUUGAUGAUGACGUCUGAGUGCAUGAUUACGGAAAUCAAGGAAGACAAGCCCGCGUUCUUACCGGGAGACGGUGGCAUGGGCGGCAUGGGUGGCGGCAUGGGAUUCUAA